ACCAAGAGUGGCCCUCCUCUCAGAAGUGAAGAAAAGAAACAAUGAGGAGAAUGUGGCAAAUGAUGGACAAGACCUUUGCUUACAGGAGGCAACAAGUAGUUCGGGAGGCACCAAUGAUAGCUGAUUUCAAAACAAGGUGGCCUGCUCUCUUCCAUGUGCAUGAGGUGUGUGUGGAACUCAAGAGAAUCAAAACAAUCCAUUUAGAGUUAACGUUCUUCUCUGAGCUGGAUGCUCACUCUGCAGACCUAAUCCAGUUGUUUGCUAAGACAGGCAGAGUUCAAGGGAGGCGGAUCAGAAGCAUCAUGGUAGCCAUGACUGAGACUGAUGAAGAUCCAGAGAAGCUGGUGAAAGAAUACCUGAGCGAUGUUAAAAGGAGUCUGGAGGCUAUGGCAGAGACGGUCUUUGGAGUCUUUGUCAUUCGACACCACGGUGCAGGGCCCAGUGAGAACCCAGAGGAUGUCAGAAUUAUUCUGGAGGGUGUAAAGGUGUUGAAUGAGUUGAGGUAUGUGCCUUUUGCAGUGGCAGUGUUGCUUGCGCUCGUGUAUGCUCUAAACCGUAGCUACCCCAGAGAGCUAAAAUACACCUUUGAAGCUCUGCAGAAGAUCAAGUACAUGACUGAGCUCAUCCUCACCUUAGGAAAAACACCUUGUGACUAAAAAUCAGUUAAACUCUUGUUCGAUCAAAACAUAAGUGAAGUUAAAAUACUCAGACUGCAAGAAGGUUUUUUCAAGGAUUCUCUAAAGUAAAAAAAAAAAUGUCUUCCACAAUAUUUUAGAUUUACCACUGUUUGCUUUUAUGUCAAAUGUCCCUAACUGUGAAAUGUUUUUGUUGGCACUUUAAAUUUUUUUUAAUCAUUUAAGCAGUGUUUUGUUUAUAAUGUUCAAGUCUUGACAUUGAGCAGGCUGUAGAAUUCAUUGAACCUCAGUUUCUGAUGUUAUGUUCACUGUUACAUUCUAAAUAUGUUGUACUGAUGUUGAAGUGGAAUGUGAAAUGUUUCAAGGGAAAUGUGAGUCUAAUGCUGGCCUUACACUGUAAGGUUCUCGUCAAAUUUAUGCCCUGGCCCCGCCCAACAAUCGACAGAAAAAUCUGGUCUGCGACAUUGUCAGUCUUGAUUGAGUGUGGUACAGAUUAAUUGUAAGCCUUGAUUGGCUCAUAUAGGGUCGGGGGGUUCCCCAAUAAUGUAAAACAAUUUCGAAAUUUGUUGAAUCAGACUUCUCCAAAACUUUCCAUCUCUAAACCAUUCCCUUGGCCGCGAUAAUUCUAAUGGAAUCCUGUCAUAUGUGAUGGCUACUAGACAGUGCCCCAUUUCUUAACAGCACUUUGA